AGCAAUCAGUGAUCGCAACUCAGCCUGUGACCUUACCAGGCUUACCUGCUUCUUGCACCCAGUGCAACUCAUCCUCAGCUCCAAUCGUGAUACACGGGUCCUUCGCUUAUCAAUCACUAUGAAUCUGGGACUCGGAGACUACGGGAGCGACAGCGAGGAUGGGGGAAGUGACGCAGAGACACCCGUCGUCGCAGCCAAAGCAGCUCCGAUCAAGGUGACAAAGGUUCAACGUGCCCCGAAGAAAAUAGCCAUCGCUCUCCCCGUCUUGGAGGCAGCCGGGGAGGAGCAGGAGGGGGCGGAAGAGCGGCCGACCAAGAGAAGACGCGUAGAAGGAGUGGGGAAAUCGACCUUGUUGUCCAUGCUCCCUGCUCCCAAGCAAAAGAUGCGCCCAAUGACCUUGCCGGGGAGCCAGCUUCCGAGCCGUCGACUCUCUUCCGACCUGUAUCCGUAGCAAAGGGUCGCUCAAACAUAUCACUUGAGGAGGGCAAGACGGUGGCAACGCCUCGACCGGUGCAGGUUACUUCGGCACCAGCUGUCGAUUUCUUUUCUUUAGGCCCUAGCACGGCAGCAUCUUCCACGCGCAGUACCACGGCAACUUCCUCCUCAUCUGCUCCAGCUAUAUCUUCUGCGCCCGUCAUUCCCCAAUUUGAACCGCCCGAACCGACCCCGACAGAUCAAUAUCCAGGUUACUACAUGCUCCCGUCUGGCAACUGGGCUGCCCACGAUCCCGAAUACUACGCCAAGUUUGCAAAGAAGUGGCAGGCGGAGUACGAUGCGCAUGUGCGAGCGCUGGAGAAAGGGCACGCUAAAGGAUUUGAGGGCGCGGAUGACGCCGCAGAGGAUGUCAAUGCAGCCGAGGAGAUGAUGAGAGCGCAGACAGAGAUCAGGGAACGGGAGAGCAGGAAAGCGGUCACCAAAGGCGCCGACGGAGCACCCGCUGCCCCGAGCAUCAAGUUGACAGAAUCCAAAUCGAGUGGGAUUGCGAGGUCAAGACAUCAGCUCGCGACCAUGCUGCACCAAGCAUAUUCGAAUCGGGAGACUCUGGAAGAGAAGAUUGCGCAGGGCAAGCGCAAUCGUAAAGAGGCUGGUAAUAAAUACGGUUUCUAGUCAGGGCACGUGUAUUUGACUUAUCUGGCUCCGCAAUCACCAUUUUCUAUUUCCGGAAGUCUAUUGCGAUCACGUGAACUCUAUUUGCUCUUGUCAAGAACUACUGACUGAGCGGAGUUUCAAUCCUCUCUCUCUUAAGCGCUACGAUGAGCGAAGAGCAGGUCGUCCACUCUUUCCCUUUUGCCCCCAUCCUGACCCCAAGCCACCUCGACCGUGUCCCUCAUCGGUUGCACACCUUGUCGAACUCCAAAUUGCCUUGAUCUGAACCCCCAAUCUCGACUCGCGACGACGAUGGCACCCAAGGUGCGUUCGACGGGACCGAGGUGACUUGACUCGUGCUGAAUAGCACUGGCUCAGUCCACAACCAAUGUCCGUGCAGGGUCUACUUCGGUAGCCAACAGUGACCUCAACAAAUCUGAGGGGUCCAAGGCCGUUAAGAAAACAGUCACAAGCAAGUCGGUCACAGCGGGCGCUGUGGCCGAUAAGAAACUACGCAAGAAAUCGCGCAAGGAGACGUACUCAUCCUACAUCUACAAGGUACUGAAGCAGGUGCACCCAGACAGUGGCAUCUCAAACACAGCCAUGGCCAUUCUUAACUCGUUUAUCAACGACAUAUUUGAGCGUAUCGCGUCAGAGGCUUCGAAAUUGGCACAAUACUCGAGGAAGUCAACCAUUUCCGCCCGCGAGAUCCAGACCAGUAUCGUCUAAUCCUUCCGGGCGAACUGGCCAGGCUUGCUAUCGCUGAAGGCACCAAGUCGACCACCAAGUUUGCUGCAGCUGUUACGAGCAAGCCAUCAAAGUGACCACAUAUGUGUUGUAUGUAAGCAUGUUUGUCAUCAACGAACUGCAUCUAGUAUUAUAGCACCGCAACCUGUUGUACCUGUUUUUUCACUGCGUAUGAAUCUCCAACGAUUGGAAGAAUCUUAUCUAA